AUGUGCCUGUCUGAUCUGCUUAAGCUUCAGCCGAUGCUUUCUUUUGUGUUGUUGCAGAACGACUUUCUUGGCCAAAACCCUCUUCUUCUCUUGGCACGUACUUGCCAAAACAUCGGCAUGGAAACAAAGUCCGCGCCUUCACCCUCUGCAAGCUCUUCGUCCUCCAAGUCGACCACCAAUGGAACAAUCUCGAUUAAACCCUCCAACCCAUUUUCAGUAUCCAAUUCCCUUAACAAAGCUCCUCCGAAUAGAACAGCAACAAAGGCGACCACUUCAAUGAUUCCUCCGGUGCAGAGCUUCCCGCCCGUCAACGGAGUGACAUCGCAUAGUCCGAAGUGUACGCAAUCAUCGGUGCCACCACAAUCAAAUUCAUCAGUGGCACCCUCUCACAUCACCGAAGAGUCAGAACUCUACAUUCCACCCUCCUCAAACUCCCUCAUACAGCUUGCUAGACUUUCCUCCAGUCUCAAAUUACCCAGCUCAACCGCCAAUGAGCGGCAGAAGCGGUCUGCAAAGCCAAUCGAUACUCCAAAGUUCCCUUUGGCUCUUACUGGAUCUGGAGGUGUAACUUCGAGGCCUCAGAAGCGGGCUCGAAGGCAGUCUUUCGGUCGUACAGCCUCUUCCUCCCUUUCUGGACCCACAAAACCCCUUGACUUUUCCUCGCAUUUCUCCUCCCAUUCCUCUCCUCUUUCUAUCUCCUCUUCAGUCUCCCCUUCUUCUUUGCGCUCCACGCCCCCGUCACACACUACGCCACCUCCUGCACCACCACCAGCACCUGCCAAUCCCAGUUUAUUUGAUUUUAUGAAGAAUCUUACUGGUCUCUCUGUACCAACGGAUUCUUUAUCCACUACCAACACUGCCACUCCUCCAAAUAACCUCGAAACCCUCUUUAAUGUUGGUAGUCUCCUUGGCACCUCUCCAGAAAAUUUACAUGAGCUUUUGGUUUCAAUAGCACACUCGUUGUCUGAACGUCGGUUGGCGGAGUCGAACUUCGUUUUAGAACAACAACAAAAGCAGCAACAAUCAAAAGUUCUCCACGGGGCAAUUUCCGAUCCUAGUACGCAGUGUCUCUACUGCGGUCACGUUUGUUCUGAUAUGGGUAGCCUUGUGCAACAUAUCUACACUCACUUAGCAUCUCUGCACAAGCAGCAGACUGAGACGCCGCCCCUUCCACAGGCGGUGCCACCGCCACCACCGCCGCCACCUCCGCCUGCCCCUAUUGUUGCACCUCCCAGCACUUCUCCCUUCGAUCUCGUCGCGUUUUAUGCGAAGUUGCUGCAGAAGACGCCGGAAAGCCUUCCAAGUGCCCCACCUCCGAUGGUUUCUACGGACCCUAACGCACUCUUCCUUGCUUGGCUUAACGUCUUUCGUCCAGCUUAUGCGGAAGGCCUGGCAGGGAGUGCAAAUCGGUGA